UUUUUUUUAAUUAGAAGCUUUAUAUUUGAGGAUACAUUCAGUCUUACCUUAUCCAUACCUCUUUCAAAGCUAGUUCUUGCUCUCUUAGUUUGUUUCUUCCCAGAGCACAUGGCCGAAGCAAUUGUAUUUAACAAUAUCGCCGAAGCAAUUGUAUCUACAAUUGCAUCUGAAAUUUUGAAGAAGAUAGCUCCUCUUAUAGGUGGGGAACUAUCGUUGUUGUUGGGACUCGAAAAUGAUUUAAAAGGACUUCAGGGAACCAUGACCUCCAUCAGAGCAGUGCUGUUGGAUGCCGAGAAAAAGCAGACUCAAGAUCAUCAGCUGCGCGACUGGCUUGGGAAGCUCAGAGAUGUUCUUUUUGAUGCUGAGGACGUUUUGGAAGACUUCCAGCUUCAAGCUUCCAAGAGACAACGGGGGAGCUCAGCAUUAAAGGUAUGUCAAUGCUUUUCAAGCUGUAAUCUUGUUAGAAUUGGUCACAACAUCAAGGACAUUAGAGAAAGAUUAGAUAAGAUCGCAGAUGAUAGGCUAAAAUUUCAUCUUGUUGAGAGUCAAGUUGACGUUGUUAGGCAAGUAAUUCCAAAGGAUAGGGAGACUAAUUCCUUCUUCCAAGCCUCUGAUAUCGUGGGAAGAGAGAAGGAUAAAGAAAACAUUAUAAGCUUUUUGACACAGCCUACCCACGAUAAUGUUUCUGUCAUCCCUAUUGUUGGAAUUGGGGGUUUGGGUAAAACUACUCUUUCUAAAAUGGUUUACAAUGAUGAAAGAGUUAAGCGGCAAUUUGAAUUAAAAAUGUGGGUAUGUGUCUCAGAUGACUUUAGUGUUAGCAGGUUAAUGAAAGAAAUUAUUUAUUCUGCAAAACAUGAGGAUUGUGCUAAGUUAAAAGGUGAUGAAAUACCCAGGCGUUUGCAAAAAAUUUUGGCUGGUAAAAAGUUUUUGCUUGUCUUAGAUGAUGUGUGGAAUGAACAACGACAGAAAUGGGUGGAAUUGAAAGAUGUACUGUUGAAUGGUGUCGAGGGGAGUAAAAUUAUUGUAAGCACACGUAGCAAAAGAGUUGCUGAAAUAAUGGGCACCAUUUCCCCACAUUUGAUACAGGGUCUCUCCCUUGAGGAUUCUUUAUCAUUGUUUAAAAAGUGCGCAUUUGAAGAUGGAGAAGGGAAAGAUUUUCCAAACCUCAUUAAAAUUACAGAGAACAUUGUCAGAAAAUGUAAAGGAGUUCCGUUAGCUGUGAGAAGUUUAGGAAGCUUACUUUUUGCCAAUACCGAUGAAGAGGAGUGGUUGAGAAUAAAAGGAAGUGACAUCUGGCAGCUAAAACAGGAGAAGGAAGACAUCUUACCAGUAUUAAAAUUGAGCUAUGAUUAUUUGCCGUCUCACUUGAAGCGAUGUUUUGCUUAUCUGUCUUUAUUUCCGAAGAACUUUUUAUAUGAUAGUGAUGAUGUGACCACAUAUUGGAUUGCACAUGGACUUCUUUCAAUCUCUAAUAAUGAAACUGAAGAGUUAGAAGAUGUUGCUAUGAGAUGUAUGAAAGAUUUAUGGUCAAGAUGCUUCAUAGAGGAUUUUGAAGAUACAGAUCAUUUAUAUUAUACAUUUAAAAUGCAUGAUCUUAUGCACGAUCUUGCAAUAUUAGUGGCAAAAAGUGAGUGUAGUGAGAUAAAAUCCAACAGCCAAAUAGUUGAUGGGAGUGUCCGUCAUUUUUCAUUUAUUGACUUACAUUCCGAAGAUCAAAAACCUCUAGAAGUCCUAGUUAACAGAUCAAAAACACUUCGAUCUGUUAUUGUUAUGGAAAAAUGCGAACAUAUUGGUGUAUCAAUUAUCAAUACAUAUCUAUCCAAAUUUAAGCAUCUUCAUCUGUUAUCCUUAAAAGGGAUAGAUUUUAAAGUCUUGCCAAGCUCUAUUAGUACAUUGAUACAUUUAAGAUAUCUUGACUUAAGAUAUAAUAGAUCGUUGAAGAAACUCCCUGAAUCUAUUUGUCAGCUUCAAAAAUUAAAAACGUUUUUAUUUAGACGUUGUUCAGGGCUCGAGAAGUUGCCUAAAAAAAUACAAAAAAUGAUCUCCCUUAGACACGUGGAAAUAACCACAAAAGAGCAAAAUCUACGAGAAAACGGAAUACAGUGUUUGAGUUCUCUUCGAUAUUUGUUUUUCCAUGAAUGCGAGAAUCUGGUAACAUUGCCUGAAGGAAUGGAACGUCUCAAAGGCCUCCGAACAUUGUAUAUUGGAGGUUGUCCUCUGAACUCGUUGCCAUAUGGUAUCAAGGACCUAAAGAGAUUACAGAAGCUAUAUAUUGCGAGCUGCAGAAAACUUAAUUUGAAGAUGGAAUUUCGAGGAGAAGACGAAGAUGAACUUCGGUUGGGAGUUCGAACAUUUGUGAUCGAUGACUUGCCGUCAUUAGUGGAUUUGCCUCAGCUUAUUCUUCAAGGAUCGGCAAACACUUUACAAUGCUUGAGGAUUGAAAGGUGUCCCAAAUUAGUAUAUCUACCGGAGUGGCUGCAAAAUCUCACAUCACUUCAAACACUUGAGAUUAUUAAUUGUCCGAGUUUGUGGCGUCUUCCAGAAGGGAUGCAACGCCUUACUGCCCUCAGACAACUGAAGAUUAAAGAUUGUCCUGAUCUGAGUGAAAGCUGCAGACUUGAUGAGUCGAAGAUUGCUCAUGUCCGGAAAGUUCAUCUUGAUGAAUAAAUUUCAUCUAUGUUUUGAUUCCUGCAAGCUUCCUGUGUCCAGGUUGGUACUUAGAUGAGCAGGACGACGAGGGAUCCAACGAAUCAAUUCAGGAUUUUCCAUGGGGCAGGGGGUACUUCAAUCAUUGUGUUUGUGGACCUUAUUUACGUAACUAUUGAGUUUGUUUUAUGCACUGUUAUUAUGUAAUUUGGAUUUCAAAUACCCUGUAAUUUGUAAAUGAUUACUACGUAUUAGUAUUGAACUAUUGAUAUGAUAGUUUUUUUCAA